AUGAACAGCUUUCUAGCGAAUCUCACUGAACGUCCGAGCGGCGGACAAUGCAACAUCCAGCCGCAUGACAUUCGCUCGGAUGGACUGACUGCUGUCAUCCUGGUCGGACUGAUUCUCAGCUAUCUGCCUCAGAUUCUGCGUAUCGUCAACCAAGGGACUUCAGAAGGGUUCUCUUCGGCCUUCCUGUUGCUGGGCGCUACCUCAUCGGCUUCGGGCAUGCUCAAUGUCCUGGUCGUACAAUGGUCACUCUUCCAGUGCUGUCGCCAUACAGGAGCAGGUAGCUGCUUCCUGAACCUCAUGGGCUUCAUCCAGGUCUUCCUACAGUGGUUUCUCUUCAGCAUUAUUGUGAUACUCUAUCUCGUCUACUUUCCUCGGCACCUCAAGUAUCAUCGCACACUCGCUCUCCCGGACGAGACGGACGCGCAGUAUCAAGCCAUCCCCACAGCGUCUCUGGCGACCGAAAGCAACAUCCUCCAGGAACCGAUCAACGGGACUACCCGGCCGGUCCGAGCGCAGGUGGAGACCACACCAGCAUGGCGUCAGGCCGUACUUAUGGGCAUAUUCGUCGCUUUACACAUCGGUCUCCUUCUCGGCCUGUCCCUCUACCUCUUAUACACUCUAUCAAGCACACAACCGCCUCACCCCAUCCUUCGCUCCCUCGCCACCUUCCUCGGGCUUUCCGGCACGCUACUCGCGGUCUGUCAAUAUGCGCCCCAGAUCUACCAGACCUACACCACCCGGCUCGUCGGCGCGCUCUCGAUAGGAACGAUGGUUAUCCAGGUCCCGGGCGCGGUGUUCUUCAUUCUGAGCCUGGCGUUCCGCCCGGGGGUGGACUGGACGAGCUGGCUAGCGUACGCGGUCACUGCUCUGAUGCAGAGCGCUCUGCUGGUCCUCUGCGUUGCGUGGAAGAGGCGUCAGAAGCAAGAAGGGAUCGACGAUUUCGGCCACCCCCUCGAGUCAGAUACAUCCCGCGCCGUGCCUACAGAGCGGGAUCGUCUCGUUCAGUGA